AUGAUACUAGAUAAAAUAUCAGAUCAACCGUUAAGUGAGGAGAAAUACGAGCAAAGAAAAAAGGAUGCUGCAUCAGAAAAUACUGAUUCUUCCAUUGAACUUACUAAAUUACAAAAUUUAGGAUAUUGUCAUAAGGAUUUUUAUAGUGGAAAUAUAUUGCAAGAUGAAGGAUUUUCUUACGUUUCAGAUUUUGGAUUAACAGGACCAGCAGAUAAGCAAAAAUCGAAUGACAAAAUAUAUGGAGUAUUACCAUAUAUCGCUCCAGAAGUCUUGAAUGGAGAACCAUAUACCUUAACUUCUGAUAUCUACAGUUUUGGUGUAAUUAUGGCUGAAUUAUCAACUGUAAACCCUCCCUUUUAUGAUAGAAAACAUUAUGUGUCUUUAGCCCUAGAUAUUUGUAAUGGACUUCGUCCUGAAUUUUAUAAGGAAUUGGCUAAUAAGUGCAUGAAUGCAAAUCCAAAACUAAGACGAACUGUAAUUGAAUUAAAUGAAAUAAUAAUUUUUUGGGAUAAUUCCAUUAGAUUUAUUGAAGAAAAUGAAGCUGAAACUAUUCCUUAUGAUAUUUUUGUUGAAAUGAAGCUUUGA